UAAAGCUGGCUGACUAUUCUGAAUGGUUCACCUGGAAGCAGCGGGCAAUGAGAGGGAAGGAUUUCAGAAAGUUUGAGCUGGAAGAUUACGGGUUUUUCUGUUAAAUGUAGCAGCGCAGUAGAAUUCUUACUGGUUUGAGGAGCUGGGAGGCUACCUAGUUGUGAAAAAGCUUGAGGAAUGGCAGAGGUAAACUUGUCCUUACCAAUUUUAGUUUAUGAUAGCCACAAAACACAAUAAAUUGGAUUUUCACCAUAUUGGACCUUCACAAUGACGGCUGCCUCCUUUCUUAUUGAGAAUACUGAAUCUGAAAACACUUUUCCUUUCACACCACAUCUAAAUAACCUGCUUGACAAGGACUGGCUUUACAAAAUAUCUGAUGUCCCAAAUCCUGCUAUAAAGUCAGAUUUUAGAUGAGUGCGUUGAAACUUUUUACAUUCCAAGAGAUGUACCAAUGAUCAAAUCUUGUUUCUGAGUGAGGCUUUGAAUCUAAAUGCAAUAUUGGUGUGAGUUACAGUGGAUUCUCUUAACUCAGAGUGGACAAACAACAACGUCUUGUGAUUGUUUCUUCGUCUCGUGCCUUCAGCAUCUCAGCUCAUGGUUUAGUGUGUUCUUGGCUCACCCUCCGGGUCAGCCAGAGCUUGUAUUAUUGAUAAGUUGGCUCAGUUAUUUAGGUCCCCAAUCUGCUCUAGAAUAAAGUAUUAUAACGGAACACAAAGAUAGCAGAGACGCUGAUGAUCUUCUAUGGGCUCUCUGUUUUGUUUUGUUUUUUGUUCUUUUUAAAAUUAUUGUUUUAUAUAUUAUUUGUGACAGUCACUUUUACAUUUAUACUUGAAUUGUACUAAUUUAUAAAUAUUGCUUUUCAUUCCUUGCUGAGUAUUUCCUUGUUCUGACUGAUUGUGUUUAAAGAUUUUAAAUAUUUGCACAAAUAUUUCUGGUAAAACAAUGUUACACGUGACAAAGAAUGACAGAUCUCCUGUUUGUUAUGUGAACCCAAUGGGGUAAUUGCUCACAGAGCUACCCCUCCCACCCCUUCAUCAGCUCCUCUGGACCAUUCUAGCAUCUUGUGGUUUUUGCUCGCUGGCUUAACAAAACUGCACUACAGGUUUAAAUUCCUGUAAUAAAGCUCCUUCUUCUAUUUAAACCACUCUUUUUUUCUUCGUUUUCUAAGAGGACACUUCUCUCUGUAUUGAUUUAAGUCUUUCUAUGCGUAUAACCCGGUUGCCAUGGUGACCUACCUGCAGCAUAGCAACAACCUCAGCACCGGCCACAGCUCCGUGUCUGAGGCCAGCUCUGGAGCGCUGAGCCGGGCGGGUCACACCACGGCGGCCGUCGUCCUCGGGUUCGUCCUGGUUCUGGGCUUCCUGGGAAACUUCCUGGUGCUGCUGGUGUUCUCUCGGUUCCCCGGGCUGCGGACUCCGGCCAACCUGCUCCUCAUCAACAUCAGUGUCAGCGACAUGCUCGUCUGCAUCUUCGGGACUCCACUCAGCUUCGCCGCCAGCGUGAGAGGAAAGUGGCUGACCGGAUCCUACGGGUGCCGCUGGUACGGGUUCUCCAACGCGCUUUUCGGUAUCGUAUCUCUGGUGUCUCUGUCUCUGCUGUCCUUCGAGCGCUACUCCUCAGUCUGCUGCAGCAUCCACUCGGACUCCUCUCAGUACCGGAGGGCUCGUCUCGCUGUAGCAGCCUCCUGGUUCUACUCGCUGGUCUGGACUCUGCCGCCACUGCUGGGAUGGAGCAGCUACGGGCCAGAAGGUCCCGGUACCACCUGCUCGGUCCAGUGGCACCAACGGACAGCCACAUCUCGCUCCUACAUCGGCUGUUUGUUCGUUUUCUGCCUCCUCCUGCCGCUGCUGCUCAUGUUCUUCUGCUACUGGAGGAUCCUGCUGGCUGUACGAGUGGUGGCCAGACAGGUCGCCAGGAUCAACAGGUCCUCAGCUGAGUCGAGGGAAAGCCGCAUCCUGAUGAUGGUGGUCGCCAUGGUGACUGGCUACCUGUUGUGCUGGAUGCCAUACGGUGUUGUGGCGAUGCUGGCCUCCUUUGGACGUCCAGGCUUGGUGCCGCCUGCUGCCAGUUUGAUCCCCUCCUUGCUGGCAAAGUCCAGCACCAUCCUCAACCCGGUCAUUUAUGUUCUGCUCAAUACACAGUUCUCCAGGUGUUUCCUCUACAUGAUGAGGUGCAGCUCAGAGGCUCCAUCCUCCCCGAUGCAGCCAACGCAGCCCAGCAGCAGGGCAGCGUGGCCUCACAAUCCCAACCUGCCAACAGAGGAGCAAAACACAACACCCGCCACGCUCACGUCUCGAGACCAGCAGGUACAGCAGCCCACUCUGGUGCUGGUGGCUCAAUAGGAAACAAGACUCUGUAUACUAGAGAUAUUUUGAAACAACAGCAAAACAUGUGCCCUAUAAAUUCUCUUCUCCUUGUUUGACCCGUUUCAUUAAUAAACCUGGAAACUCACAUUGCACUGCAUCAGAUGGAGCUCAGUAUUCAUGUUUUGAGCAAUAUAUUAAAUUUUUAAUCUAUUUUA